AUGGGUAUAAAGUGGGCGGCCCGAUCGACAAAUUGUGGGUUUGUGUCCCCAUUGACUCCACCGACGCCGGACCCGCUGGAGUCGCAGGUGCCGGAUCCGGAUUGGGAGUGCACUGAAUUUGUAACCCCAACAACGACCCCGAAACCGACGACGACAACCACUUCAACAAGUACAACUACUACGACCACGACCACGACCACGACCACGACCACGACCUACUACCACCACUUCAACGACGACGACUACGACAACGACGACAACAACUACUACGAGACAACUGCUACGACUACGACCACAACAACAACAACUUCUACUACUACUACGACGACUUCAACGACUCCGACAACUACGAGAAAACCCUUCUCCCCGAUCACGUUCGUACCAGAGCCGACGUCGAAGGCGUGUGGCUGCCAGAUGCCUCAACCCAUUUCGUCUACAACGCUGGAAGUGAUUGGGACCCGAAAACGUCGUAGUCAGGAUCCGGCCCUAGAAGAGAAUUGUUAUAACCCUUACAACACCACCAUCCAAUGCACGGCUAAUAUGAAUUUAAUGGCAACGCAGAAGCUAUAUGACAAGGAUCGAAACGUCGUCAGAACGCUAAAUUACUGCACUGGUGCAAACAAGAGCAGCGACUAUCUAUUGUCAGAGAGCUUCUGGGAAUUCGAA